CGCCGGCGACUUUCUCGCAACCGCGGUGCCAGACGCCGAGCGCACCCUCGUGCAGAACGCAGUGCGCUUCCUGGCGGAGAAGGGCUUCACUGCGGGGUGGCAGGUUGCGAGCGCCCCCAAGGAUUUCUCGCUAGAGAUCUUGAAGCCAGACACAGCCCCAGGGGAGCUCACGCUAGCGAUCUGCGCCCAGCAGGCCGAGCGCAACCACGAGCAGCGCGGCCGGGACACAGCUCUUGAACAGACCUUCCAGCAAAUUGUCCGUAGCCAACAGGCCAACGCGCGCGCGCAGAGGCGCAUGCGGAGGGACCGUCGCGACGUGAGCUCGUCGUCGGGAGAAGCAGCCGAGCCAGUCGAUGGUGAGUUCGAUGCAGUCUCCUGCUUGUCCCGCUAUGGCAUUCCAGGUGUGGAGCACGGCCACCAGCGCGACCACGAGAGCCUUCGUGCCACGAUCCGAGCGGUUCGUCGCGCAGCCAGAGGGAGACCAGAACAGAGACGGUGGUUCCUGUGCCGGGAGCCCUUGGAGAAAUGGGCCCCGCAAUGGAUGACUAUCAAGCCAACCGGGAAAACCAUGACGCACGCGCAGUGGGUGGCUUGCUUCUGGUCCCGGGGUCUCGCCCAGCUGACGGCGCAAUCAGCCAGCGAGCAAGAGACGGUGAGCAUGCAAGCGCUCCUGCGUCUCUUCCUGAAUAUGAACCAAGCGGACUUUUGGUCCGACGCAGCAGAGCGCAGCCGCCGCCGGGACCAGACCUGCGUUCCGGAGAAGGACCUGUGUCUCGUGGACGAGAACAGGAAGGCGAAGGCACGGAACCAUAUUCAGGCGCACCACCAGCAGGACCAGUCCCCCCGGCAGCCGUACCAGGCGCAGCGGCCAGCCCAGACUCCGCAGCUGGCGCUGACAGACCGGCCCAGGCCGCCGCCCCCGCCCUCAGGCCGGCUAGCCCUGGCGCGCUGGCGGGCCGGCGCUGAGCGGCUGCAGGCCUGGAGGGCUUCCCUCUCGGCGUGCCAGGUCGGCGUGCUGGGCCGCCUGGGCCCGUUCCUCAUGGGCGAAAUGCUCGCGGAGGCAUGCCAUCCAGAUGAGGGGUACAUCUUGGAUCUCUUGAAUGGUUUUCCGCUUACAGAGGUGCUCGGUGUUUGGGGCCUUGGUACAGACCUGCCGGGAGGCAGGUGUAGCCGGGCCAGGCCGGGCUGGCCGGGGCCGCGACCCUUGCCGGAGCUCAGAAGCCAGUGCGCCGAGCUGAACAGCCAGGCUCUCCGCGCGGCCGAGGCCAGACGCCCGCGCACGGAGGGCGACCUCGCUCUUGCGGCAGAGAUCUGGCACAAACUGCAGGCAGACAUCGCUGCGGGCAGGGCUGGUCCGGCCUGCGAAAUCAGCGACGUAGACCUUAGCACAGUGCUAGUAGUGGAGUCUUUUGGCAUCUGGGAAAGCCGGGGAGACGGCAACAAGAAGGCUAGGGAUAUCCAUCAUUUCAGGAAGAACCUAGUCAACGAUUGCGCGUGGAUGCCGCAAACAUUCCACUACGACACCCACGACCACAUGUUUGAGGCGUUAACAUGCAUCGCCGAGGCCGCCGGCGAGUCAGAGAUCGCCCCACACGUGCUUGUACCGUUGUUCUCGCAUGUAUUCGGGGAUAUCGGCGCGGCUGCUGGCUGGUUCCGCACGGCGCAAGCCCUGAAGAGCAUCGCUGUCGCGCUCUUCGCUCUUCCGGUCCUGUUCUACGUCGACGACGUAUUCUGGGCCGCCACUGGCGCGAUGCUUCCCAACGGGCGGCCCGUCGCCCAGUGGAUCGCCGACGUGUUCAACGAGGUCGUCUGCUCCAUGCUCGGCUGGGAACUCGACCCUCGGAUGACAAUCGUCGCGCGCAGCCUGCCCUUGCUUGGCCCCCUGGCCACGGUAGAGGGAGGUGUCGCGAGCUGGCGUCUCGGAGAGGAGAAGCGAGGGCAAUGGUGCGAGGAAAUCCGGGAGGUCCUGGGUCCCGGGCACCUGAGCCCAGGCAGGGCCUCCAAACUCUGCGGCAAGCUGGCUUUCCUGAAUUCCCGGGUGUUCAACCGCCUCGGGAGAGCAUUGUUGAGGCCACUGAUUUGGAGACAGUGCCAGUUCCGAGGCCCGACUGCCCUCACCAGGAGAAUCCGGCAUUCGCCGCAGUGGUUCAUGGACGUGCUGGCGCUCGGCCUGCGCCGGUCAGCCCCGCAUCUCCCACCGCCGGCGCCCCCGCCCAUUCUCGUGCACUCCGACGCGGAGGGCAUUGGGCGCGUCGGAGCCGGGGCAGUGCUGAGCGGAGUAGACAUCCGCUUCCUGCGAGGCCGGGUGCCCCGCGGCAUCCGCAAGCAGUUGUUGGGAAGAACCACGAAUAUCAUUGCGUAUGAAUUGUUGGCGGCUGUUGCAUCGAUAUGUUCCCUGUGCCCCGCGGACCUGCGCGGGCGCAGGGUGGUUCACUUCGUGGACAACCAGACGGCCGUGGCAUGCAUCAUCAGAGGUUUCUCCACCAAGAGGGAUCUGGCUGCCAUUACCGGGCGCCUCUGGUUUGACGCAGCCGCCAUGAACAUGCAAUGUGAAGUCAGGUACGUUGCCAGCAAAGCAAAUUUAGCAGACCCUCCAUCCAGAGAUGAUAUCAGUAUCCUCCAGGAGCCGGGGGCCGUUGAAUUGCCAGAGUGGUCCCCCCCACAUUUUGGCACGGGCCUGGAUUCGUGGGCGCGGAGCACCCACGAGGCGCACAGGUUGCUCUUAUAA